AUGCCAUCCGCACGGCCCUCUCCGCCCCUCCGGCAACGACCGUCGAGGCCACGUGGCGCGAUCUCGACUCUGUGCACCCUUGCGACAUGCGCAUCCGUCGUCCUAGCCAGCUCUCUAAUCACACCCUCGCUUGCAGCCUCCAACGCCCCUGCAGCACACUCGAUAGCGCCAAGAGAUGCCCUCGAUCCAAGUCGUGGCGACGUGGCCUCGGCCCAGGGGCGUGCAAGCAGAUCAUUAGACGACAAGUCGGGUGCACAAUCCUCCGCCGCGACUUCGGAUCCACUGAACCGUCGCGAGCACAUCACCUUCCAGUACGCAGAGCAGCCAAAUCGGCUGCACGUUGACGAUACGCGCCUCGACACUGACCCACAGCCGUUGCCAGAUGGGCCGUACCACGCAGCAUCAUCGCCGGACCAAGACGCUGCGUCGCCGCCGUAUCCAGAUCCUCACUCUUUCCGCCUCUCCGCGAAAGGAUCUGCGUACGAAGCGCGACCAUCUUCGCCGCGCUCCAACCUCUACAAUGGCGACCUCGUCGGCAAGCAGACCGGCAGCGGCUACGUCUUUGUCCGUCGCACCGAUCCGGGCAGCGCCCUCGCCACCCUCUUCUCUCGCCGCGACGCCCCCGUCAGCCGCCCGCCGCUCGUGCCCAACUCAAACUCGAGACUGCUCAUCGGUCUCAUCAUUGUCUGCAUUCUCGCCGUCGGCGUCCUCACCCUCGCAGCGCAGGAGAUGUACCGAAGGCUUCAAACCAUCGGUCAGCCACGCUCGCCCCUGCGCAGAAGGUCGGGCGAAGGCAGGCCCACACGCACCCUCUACCGCAGCGACUCGAGCUACACAUCCAUCCCCACCCAUCUCGCCGCGCCGUCGCUCGAAGAAGAGGAGGAGCGCAUCGUCACCCCGCCCGCCCUCUCGCGUCGCAGCAGUGCCGCAGCCUCGUCACUCGCCUCCUCGCCUCACAACGAACUCAACGAUGACUCGGACGAAGAUGACCUGGAGCGCAAAGCUCCUCCGGACCUGCAUUACCUUCAGCUGCCGUUUGGCAUUGGCAUUGGGUACAGCUACGCCAGCAUCGCCGAUGGCGGCGAUGCCAGGACACGGCUCUCGACACUAGCAGCCAAACGCGCGCGGCGGCAGGAGCAUGCACGUUCGGGCUCGACACUGGCGCUGUCUACAGGUGCCUUGCCCGUGCCUGGAACCGGCCUGAGAUCUCGUACGCGCUCGUUCAAGGACUUGUGUCGCGAUGCGCUCAGCGGUGCCACGACGCGCGGCAUCAGCGUCAUCUCGGAGGAAGUCGCAGACAGCGACAUGUCGUCCGUCUCGACGCCGCGAUGGGGGUCCGGCCCCGUCUCGCUUGAUCUCUCCUCCUCAGACAGUCGCAGUGGCACUGUGACGCCUACAGCUCCCAACGGCACAGGCAGCGGCAUCGGAGCAGCCGUGUCCGGCAUCGCGCUCGAGGACUUUGCGCCGCACAAGACGGCUCCCGCGGCCAAAGGACGCUACUUCGCAACGGACGCCUCUUCCUGCUCCUCCUCCUCCUCUUCCUCGGGCCACACUCUGAUCGACCUCGGCACCGGUCCGCCCGAGCUGGCGAUAUCGGAUCCCGAGGGGAUCACGCGCCCAGCAUCCACGCCUGGCGUCAUGCCGUCGCAGGUGGCACGCCAUCCGCAGGUGGAGCAGCUGCGUCGCGAGGGCCGCGCCGAGACGGGCAAGCGCGUCGGCAAGGGCACACCCACCAACGCCAAGCUGUUAUAG